AUGGCGGCAGCAGCAGCAAGCCGAGAGGAGCGGUGGAGCCUCGCCGGCAAGACGGCCCUCGUCACCGGCGGAACCAAAGGAAUCGGGUACGCGAUCGUGGAGGAGCUCGCGGGGUUCGGCGUCCGGGUGCACACCUGCGCCCGGAGCGACGGCGACGUGCAGGAGCGGCUGUGCGGAUGGGCCGCGGACACCGACGCGGGCCGCCUGAGCGCGCGCGUCACGGGCUCAACAUGCGACGUCUCCGUGCGCGGCAACCGGGAGGCGCUCAUGGCAACGGCCAGCGCCGAGCUGGGGGGCAAGCUGGACAUCCUUGUGAACAACGCCGGGCAGACCUUCUUCGGGGCGGCCACGGCGUGCACGGCGGAGGAGUACGCCCGUCUCAUGGCCACCAACCUCGAGUCGUGCUUCCACCUGGCGCAGCUGGCGCACCCGCUCCUCCUCGCCGGCAGCGGCGGCAACGUGGUGAACAUCUCAUCCAUUGGCGGGCUGCUCGGAUACCCGACGCUGUCGCUGUACUCGGCGACCAAGGCGGCCCUGAACCAGCUCACCCGUACCCUCGCCGUUGAGUGGGCAUGCGACGGCAUCCGGGUCAAUUGCGUCGCGCCGGGAGGAGUCCGGACGGACCUCCUCGACAGCAGCGGCAUUCAGAUCGACUCAGAUGCGGCAGGGAGGAUGUGGGAGGCGGAGAGCGCGCGCACCGCUUUGGGCCGCCUAGGCGAGCCAGAGGAGGUGGCGUCGCUCGUGGGGUUCCUCUGCAUGCCGGCUGCUUCCUACAUCACCGGGCAGGUCAUCUGCGUCGAUGGCGGCCGUACCGUAGCCGCCUAGCUAGGCCUAUAUAUGGUCUCGCUUGUUUAAACUACUACUAGUUAUUUACAGAUUUUAAGGUGUGUAAACUUGCAAGGAGUAGUAGUACAUAAUAAUUGAUCCAAUGGUUUGUAUGGUUGGACUGAAAA